GGCCGCGUUUGAAGCCGCGGGCGCGGCCGCUGGUUGGCGGGCGCGCGUCACGUGGCGCGGGCAGGAGUUUCCCCGACAGCUGGGGGCUGCGUGGGAUCCGGCGGCGGCUCGGAGCGCGGCGCUGCGGCCCUCCCCGCCCCUCCUCCUCCCCGCCCGCUUCCGCCCGGCUUAUUCUCCUCCGUAUUGACAAACAGAGCGGCCGCGGCGGCGACUCUCGGCGAGCAUCGGUUAGCCAAGCCAUGGGAGACAAGAAGAGCCCCACCAGGCCGAAGCGGCAGCCGAAGCCGUCCUCGGACGAGGGCUACUGGGACUGCAGCGUCUGCACCUUCCGGAACAGCGCCGAGGCCUUCAAGUGCAUGAUGUGCGAUGUGCGGAAGGGCACCUCCACCCGAUCCACAUUCUAUGAAGUUAUUGUGAAUGCCUCGAGGACCAAGGAACCGUUGAAAUUUCCAAUUUCAGGAAGGAAACCUCGACCUGUCUCCCAGUUGGUUGCGCAGCAGGUUACUCAGCAGUUUGUGCCCCCUACACAGUCAAAGAAAGAGAAAAAAGAUAAAGUAGAAAAAGAAAAAAGUGAAAAGGAAACAACUAGCAAAAAGAACAGUCAUAAGAAAACCAGGCCACGAUUGAAAAACGUGGAUCGGAGUAGUGCUCAGCAUUUGGAAGUUACCGUUGGAGAUCUGACAGUCAUUAUUACAGACUUUAAGGAGAAAACGAAGUCACCACCUGCAUCUAGUGCUGCUUCAGCAGAUCAGCACAAUCAGAGUGGCUCUAGCCCUGAUAACACAGAGAGGGGAAUGUCCAGGUCAUCUUCACCCAGAGGAGAAGCCUCAUCGUUGAAUGGAGAAUCCCAUUAAAGUUUAUUUUCUCCAAUUUCUUAGUUCUGUCAUAUCAUGCAAAUACACAGAUUAUGCCAAGAAGUACCACAUUUUCAUGACAGACAUAUUCAUACACAAUUCAUAAUUUGCAUUUUACAUAAAAUAGAAAUUUGUUAGAAUUUGUUAGAUUUGAUUGCAAUCUAUGCCUACCAAACAUUUCCAGACUUUAACAUUUUGGUCUCCACAGUUAAAGGUGCCAUGAAAAUGUGGUUGAAUUAUUCAUUAUGCAGUGUUAUUGGUAAGUCUAUUUUCACUUUUAGUUUAGUGAAUUCUAACACAUAAUUCUUGAAUUCUCUACUAUUGGCAUGUAACGAAGUUAAAUUUUAUAACAUAGUGCAAGCUGCCUAAAUAUGUACUAUUAUUUGAGAAUUGUGAAACAAAUAGUUAUAUGUAUACAAGUCAAAGAUCAACUUAAUCAACUAUUGCUGCAACAGGAUUUUCUUAAUGGCUAUCCUCUUAAUACACCUGCUGGUACUUGGUGUGGUUAAAUAGAAAAACUGUUAUUAAAUAAAGAAUUUGUAUGAACUGUUGCCAAUAUUUUUGACACAUUUUACUAAAUUAUUUUUCCUGAAUUAUGUUUCUGGUUUUACCUCCUUUUUUUUGUUUUUGUUUUCAAAACAUUCAUUUGUUGUAAUGUUUACUCUCAGACUAGUAAACAAUAAAACAUUGAUUAUUUAGCUUUAUAAUUGAAGUUUAGUGCUAUUGUCAUUGAACACUGGUAUUUUCUGUAUUAUAUAAAAUAUUAAAAUUCAAAUAAUUAUAAGCAUUUGACAAAAGCAGAAGAGAAAAGAAACCUGCCAUAUUUCCAUAUUUUAAAAGCUGCAGUUUUGGAAAAGCUUUAACUUAAUAGUUCUAUCACUGUUUCCUCACCCCAAACUUUAUCCAGGGUUAUAGAAGUAUGAAUCUAAGAAAUACAGAAAUGGCAACUGUUGCACAGAACUGGGGGAAAAAAAUAGUCUUAAAUCAGUUUAAUUGGCCUCUUAUUAAAUGUAACAUUUCCUAAGAAAAUCAUAGUGCCCUAUUUUCAGACACAACUGCCAGUUUAUGCAUUUAUCAAUAUCCCAAGAUAUAAAAAAAUAUUUACAGCUCCACUUACUAUUAUGUAAAGUUAUGAAUAAAAUAUUUUUAUGACUACAGAUUUUGCAUUUUUGUUUACAACUAAUAAAGUGUUUUAUGUUAUAUUUAAAAAUCAAACCUAGAAACCACACAGUACUUCUUAAAUUCUCCUUAGGUCUCCUGCUUUUUCUUAGCCAUUUGCUUAAUAUAUAGCCAACUGUAGGAGACUUCUGCAAUAUCAAUGAAUUUAACAUAACUUGUUACACAAGAUAUCAUAUAAAGACAUCAUGAUAGCAUUUUAAGAAAAACAAAAACAAAAAACUGUAGACCCUGACAGUUGUGAUAUAUGGUGGUUUCAUGUGAUAAUGUAAUUUUCUGUUUAAUUGCAGUACUUUUUACAGGCACAAUGGUACUGUCUUUUUUGUAAGAUGCUAGUUGUGAAAUACAGUUAAUUGCAUACAGUAAAAGUCUGUGAUUAAAACAUUUAUAUACCUCA